CAACACAAAAGCAUCACCCACUAAACGACAUCAACUUUGAUUUCUUCUGAUUCCAUGAGUUGCAUGUAAAAUGCCUAUGAACAACCAUGUCCAGCAAAACUCACCUCUCUCUUUACUAUUGGCAACUGCCCAACUGAAAAGAAUUAUUGAUGUUGUGAAAUGCAUAAUCUUAGAAAGACUAUGGCCUCUAUGUAUGGAAUGGUAGCUUGAAUUUGAGUCCACGACUAAGGCAGGAAGGUGGAGCAGUAAUAGAGUUGGAAGCAAGGGGAGAUAUUUGAAGAAUUUGGCUUCUAGAGUUUUCAUAUUGUGAUUAUGGGCAAGCGGCAAGAUGGAACAAUCACAAGCAGAAAGAUGGUUGAGGCAAAGGCAGUUAUGGACUCAUGUUUGUCAGAAAAGGACCAAUUUCAACUAAUUUCUCCAUCUGUUGACUCGCGAGUGCAGUCCCGUUGCCCUGUCUGCUUGGGCAAGAAUAGUUGCCGAACAGUUCAUUCAAGAACAAAACUGAUGAAUAUCUUGAUUGGAAAAGGGAAGCCUCAUGAAGCCAAUCUUAUUUUCGACAAUUUAGUGGAAGACGGACACAGGCCAACUCUUAUAACAUACACAACUCUUGUAGCUGCCUUGACUAAACUGAAACAUUUUGAAUCCAUUUUUUUACUCAUCUCUAAAGUAGAAGAAAAUGGCAUGAAGCCAGAUUCCAUACUCUACAAUGCCAUGAUUAAUGCCUUUUCGGAAUCUGGAAAUGUAAAAGAAGCAAUGAAAAUCUUUCAGAAGAUGAAGGAUACUGGAUGCAAGCCCACAACUAGCACAUUUAACACUCUCAUCAAAGGAUAUGGGAACGCCGGUAAGCCUGAAGAAGGUCUAAAAAUGCUACAUUUGAUGUCACUGGAUGGAAGUGUGAAACCGAACGAUAGGACAUAUAAUAUUCUUGUCAGAGCCUGGUGCAGCAAAAAGAACAUAGAGGAAGCAUGGAAUGUGCUGCACAAGAUGGUGGCAUCUGGUAUACAACCUGAUGUUGUCACAUAUAACAUACUAGCCAGGGCUUAUGCUCAGAAAGGGGAGACGCUUAGGGCUGAAGAUUUGAUAUUAGAAAUGCAGUACGAGAAAGUGGCACCGAAUGAGCGUACAUGUGGUAUCAUUGUUAAUGGCUAUUGCAAAGAAGGCAAUAUGAUUGAAGCCUUGAGGUUCGUGUACAGAAUGAAGGAGCUUGGAGUGCAUCCAAAUCUCGUUAUUUUCAAUUCUCUUAUCAAAGGAUUUCUUGACAUCACAGAUACUGAUGGUGUUGAUGAGGCACUGACUUUGAUGGAAGAAUAUGGGGUAAAGCCAGAUGUUAUUACAUUUAGCACGAUCAUGAAUGCGUGGAGCUCAGCAGGGCUAAUGGACAAAUGCCAAGAGAUCUUCAACGACAUGGCAAAGGCUGGAAUAGAACCUGAUAUCCAUGCAUUUAGCAUUCUUGCCAAAGGAUAUGUGCGGGCUGGAGAAACUGAGAACGCGGAAUCAGUCCUCACUUCCAUGGCAAAAUCUGGUGUUCGUCCAAAUGUUGUUAUCUGCACCACCAUUAUAAGUGGAUGGUGCAGUGCUGGAAAAAUGGAGAAUGCAAAGAUGGUUUAUGAGAAAAUGUGUGAAAUUGGCAUUUCCCCCAAUUUGAAAACUUUUGAGACCUUGAUAUGGGGUUAUGCAGAAGCAAGACAGCCAGGGAAAGCAGAAGAGUUGCUGCAACUGAUGGAAGAAAAGGGGGUGUUUCCUGAGAAAAGCACUAUCCAGCUUGUUGCAGAUGCAUGGCGCAACAUUGGUUUACUGUGUGAAGCCAAGAGAAUUACAAAAAUUGAAGAAGAAGACGAGGAACUUUAUGCAGACUGUAAGAGAGGUGAGAUUCCAGUGGAGAGUUUGGAGAGGAUCUAUAGAGACCAAAAUGGUAGUGCUUCAUACCUCAAGACAUUGCAGAUAUCUGGAGAAGUUAUGACCAAGCAAAAUGGAUCAACUUCUGCUGUUAACAUUAGAAGCCAAUUGGUCCUUAGGAGGUAUAGGUCUUCAUGUCAAAAUCGGAAGCAACCGCUAAUCAUAUGCAGACAGCACUGCAGACAUUGUGUAAGAAUGUGCGGAAAGCUUAUAAAUUCAUGUGGAAUGAUUGCCAUAAGUUAGACACAGAAAUGAUGAUAGCUGUUGGGUUGGUACAUUCAGAAGUACUGAUGAUUGUUUGCUGCCUGCUUCAAGUUGUAGAUACUGUAAUUGCUACAUUACAAUACAUACCUCCAAAUUCCAUUGUCUCCAUUUAUUAUACAUACAGGCCAUUUUGUAUUUCUCUAUAAUGUUGAUUAUUCAGGAUACACUUAACUAAUGCCAAUUCAUUCCUGAAAGUAAUGAUAGUAAUAUUUCUUUCUGAA